GUCAGUAGGUCAUCUGUUUCAUCAGGUCCAGGGACAAAUGAGGGCGGGUCAUAACUUCCCAGAGGGUUGUCGAUUUUCCCCACCAGCACAGCCUGACUGUGCCCUCCAGUGGACAGACGUGUGGACUUGUUUUUAGGUGUUGUAGUUUACAAAUAUUUUCAGUGUGACGUGGAUAGAAACUUUCUCUUUCCUUUUACCCCCUUUUUUUUUUUAUAAUGGCGACACUUAGAGGGGAAAAGUCUCGCUUGUGUUUGAGUUUGAACGGCAAGAGCUGCGGCUGGGUCAGUGCAGCCGCCUUUGCGUCUCUACACUGAAGAAAGCAGCAGAAGAAGCGCCUCUGGUUGGGCAGCGCUUCAGACACACAAAGUAAAGCGGGAAGGAGCAGAAGAAGCAGGACGACUUCUCAUUAAGCAGAUCUGAAGAUUCUUGGAAUUACUUAUUUCACUUUUAAAGGUCACCUCAGCGCUGGUCUGCACCAAGAGCAACAAGUACCUGCAAGGCCGCUUCCCCGGCCCAAUCUCUGUUGAUGCAAGAUGGGCAACUUUUCCACCAAGGACAACCAUGGGAACACAGGGCCACCUUUGGAGAGUUUCCACACUCCACCUUCAUCUCCUCAGAGCAGCAUUCCCCAACUUCCACUCCCUACCACAUCCCCUAAUUUAUCCCCAUCACCAGCUGCAACCAUCACUUCAAGUGGGAAGAAACCACACCAAUGCUCUCCAAGAAGCCCUAUCCCCCCUCCUGACUGGAAGCCUCCUCCACCAGGUGGCCCAAGCAGCUCUGUAGUCAAUCCUGCAGUGAGCCCUGUUCUCAAGAAAACUGGCAGUAUUGUGGCAGGCAAGGGGCAAGCUUCUUCAGGGAGAAAUGGCGGCCUACCAACCGCCACAUCUAGAACUUCAGGCUUCCAAGUGAAGAGUGUGGCUGUUAGUCCUAUAAAAAGUCCUUCGUUGGUGUGCAGCGCGCCACCUGCCACCAUCUCCUUGGAGCAGAGCAAGAAAGAAAGAAACAGUAGUCUGAGUGAGUCCCUCCUGCUAGGUAAUGAAGACAAAGACAAACAAAGCAAAGAACUAGCAAAACUGCUGGAGGAGUGUAGGACUACACUGGGUGUCACAGACAGACAGGAUGGGACCACAAAUACAACAGAAAUGUUGAAGCAACUGCUUACUGAAGUAAAAAGUUUAAAGACUACUUUGCAGACAGAGCGUGGGGAAUGGCUGCAGUUCCAGGCAGACUUUCAGGUGGCUGUGUCAGUGGCUGACCGCCUGAAAGCCGAGGCAGAAGAAGAGCUUAUGGCGUUAAGAACGGCGCACAAGGAAAUUGAGAUGGAGCUGACUGCUGCUCAGCAGAGACAGAAAGAGGCUGAAAAUCAGCUCGUCACUCUACAAGGAGAACUAAAGGAAACCAGGCAAAAAUUGUCUGUUUUUACAGAGGUUCAAAACAAAACUGAAGUUCACAGACGACAGGAGCUAAAGAGAUCCAAUGGAGAAUCCCAUGAAUCUGAAAGCAAAGAGGGGACCAUUCGGGGCAGGGUGAGGGGAUUGUGCAGGCUUGGGGGAGAAAGGAUGGAAAGUAAGAGUCCGAAUCUUGUAGUGAAGAAUGUUGUUGAGGAUGAUUCAAUAAUAGACUGUAAAGGUAUGACUAGAAGUUCCCUGAGAAAUGUGACCAAUGAGGAUCAGGACAGAGCCGAUGUUCAGUCCAGUAAUUCGCGAAGGAUAACAACUUCAGAGAGGUCAAGAAGCCUGUCUAGAUUGCCUGCUUCUUCAGACAAUGCUGCCAACCAGAAUGGAACCUUCCAGAUUAACUCCACUUCAACACUGGGGUCAACCAACAGGAACUUGGGGCAACUAAGAGGAAGAAAAAGUCUGGAUUGGCAAGACGGCAAGUUUUCCAGUGAUGCUGGAAAACGUGAAGAGUCUCUAAAUAAGUACAACUCAGCCCUCACCGAGCUGCCAGCCACAAAGUCCCAGGAUGGUUUCAACCUACUGCUACGUCGCCAUGGAGGCUCAAAGAGAAACUCGCUGCUCCGCUGGUGUCAGAGCAGAACCCAAGGAUACAAGAAUAUUGACAUCACAAAUUUCAGCAGCAGCUGGGCAGAUGGCCUUGCAUUCUGUGCUGUCUAUCACACUUACCUCCCUUCACACAUCCCUUACAGCAGCCUCAGUCCUGAGAACAAGCAAGAAAAUCUCAGCCUGGCAUUCAAAACAGGAGAGACUGUGGGGAUUUCCCCAUCACUGACAGCAGAUGAGAUGCUGCGCUGCGAGCAGGUGCCUGACUGGCAGAGGGUGCUGGGUUAUGUGGAGAGCAUCUACCGUCACUUUGAGAUGUGA